GCCCCGCACCCCCAACACAAAGUUCAACUUGUGAAAGAUACACAACAAGGGAUUAUAUUUUUGCGGGGUCACCCUAUGCGGGAGAUUUGUGUUCACACAGCGCGCCGACGUCCACGAUGGGAUCCAGGGCUCCACACCUCUUGGCGCUGGCAGCUCUGUGCUCGAGUGUCCAUGGCAACGAUCUGCCCUUAAGUAUGGAGAGUUUCAUCAGAGUCGUGCAGAGGAUUGAAGGCAGGGACCCCGGUCCCUCACCGUUGACCGUGGUACGGAGCUUGCGGGGGGUGGCCUAUCAAGGUGACACCUUUGUGGAGUACUUUCUUGGAGAUUCCGACUCAUUCCCGAGUGGCAAGGACGAGGCCCCCAUGUGGGAUCCUACACUCUCUGAAUUCAUCCACCUCACGGUUCGCCAUAGGGUAACGGGCCAGGCCAGGGAGGAGGGAGUGGUUCUCGGCAGUGAUGGAACCACAGUGGCCCUCGGCUCCCUGCUCCUGGGCAUCGAAGCUGGGCUUGUGGCUGGGGCCGGAGAGUCGGUCUCAGGGCUCUACUCUCUCACCAUAGCCAGGAAUCUAGGUCUAUCCUUCCUGCGCUCCCAAGACUCCCAAAUCCUGGGCCCGGAUGGCUGUUGGGACAACGUGACCUUUCCCACAGUGUUCACCCUCUCUGGACCCCCUUCUCUGGCCACUGACGCCCUCAUCAAUGGGGGAAUGGACGGAGUGUUAUUGGGCAAGUAUCUGUCCACUCAUGCUCUGCAUGAUCUAAAGCUGAGCACGGUGUUGAGGGACUACUACGGGCCGCACCCCGGGGGGGCCCCGGAGGGUCCACGCCUCGUUAGUUUCCAGCGCAGGGGCAACUUCAGGCAGCUGGUCAACGGCUUGGUUCUGCAGGAGCUGAUUCUGGGAUCCCUGGCCACUCUCCAGAGGCUCGGCAAAGCCGAGAACACAGCGGGGGCAGCAGCGCUAGAGGAUGUGGUCAAAGGGGGGGUGCAGGAGUUUGUCCACAGGUACCUAGAGUGUCCGGCCAUCAUCCCCCGGUGUCAGUGGGGGGCCCGGCCUUACCGCGGCUCCCCCACACAACUGAAGCUCCCCCUGGCAUUCAUGUACAUCCACCACACCUCCACGCCCAGGCAGCCGUGCCUCUCCUUCCCACAGUGCACCGCCGACAUGAGGGCCAUGCAGCGCUUCCACCAGGACGUCCGCCACUGGGAUGAUAUCGGCUACAGUUUCGUGGCAGGCUCAGACGGCUAUAUCUACGAGGGCCGAGGCUGGCGGUGGCGGGGGGCACACACCAGGGGCAACAACUCGCGGGGCUACGGCAUCGCCUUCAUCGGCAACUACACUGGCACGCUGCCGGCCCGGCGCUCCCUGGAGCUGAUACGGGAGUCCCUGGCGAGCUGCGGCGUGACGGGCGGCCAGCUGACCCGGAACUUCACCUGGCACGGCCACCGGCAGCUCGUCAACACGACCUGCCCCGGCGGCGCCCUGUACCUGGAAAUCAAGAGCUGGAAGCAGUUCAGAUCACGGGACCAAGCAGCCCGUCACCAUUAAUCCCACUAGUUAACCACAGCGAAUUAGCUUAUGCUUAUCACACUGGAUCUAUCCGAAUGGCCUCCCGCAAAUCACCCCAAAGUCAGAUACAAAGAAUCCGUCCAAAUUCCCUACGAUAAUAGCUGUUUGAAAUAUAAACAUACAGCACUUAGGCAAUUAUAGAAAGUUAUUUACCUGCGCAGUAAGUGUACAUGCAAUUUAACAGAACAUUUGCAAAUUUACAGUAACGUAAUAAAAACGGAAUAAUCAAAAAAAGACAAUAAGAACAGAA